UCCCUCGUGUUCCAACUGCGGGCUCCAUUUCUUUCCCUUUUCUAUUUCGUCCCUUCCUUUUCCUACCUACCUCCCUUCCCCUAGAUAUUUCGCUGUUUGUGUAUCGGAUUUUUGGAGCAUCGACGGCGAUCCCUUCUAAACUUUGGAGGCGAAAGAAGUGGUUGCGGCGGUGGAUCGAUCUUUCAGGCGAGGUGCCACAGCACCAUUCGAGCAGUUAGAAUACCGGAAGCCAGAGAAGCGCACAGAAACAGAGAGGGCGGAGACGCGGGCAUCGGCAACUGGAUAAAUAUGAAAAUACAGUGCGACGUGUGCGAGAGCGCAGAGGCGACGGUGCUGUGCUGCGCGGACGAGGCGGCCUUGUGCUGGCACUGCGACGACAAGAUCCACGCCGCCAACAAGCUCGCCGGCAAGCACCAGCGCGUCCCCUUGCUUACCCCUUCCUCCCACACGCCCAAGUGCGAUAUCUGCCAGGAGAAGGCAGGCUACUUUUUCUGCUUGGAGGACAGAGCAUUGCUGUGCCGUCAGUGCGAUAUGUGCAUUCACACCGCCACCGCUUACGGGUCUUCCCACCAGCGGUUCUUGGUAACGGGAGUCAAGGUCGGUCUGCAUCAGCCCAACCCCGGCUUGGUGUCGUUGCCCUCGCCCGCCGCCGAGGACUCCUCCGUCGAGCCAUUGGCUGCCUCAUCGGCUUCUUCUCAAAGGAAGCACCGGCGCGGUUCGUACAAUCAUCAGAAAGCCCCUACCCAGUUUUCUGGCGAAGAACGGGUCCCUGGGUUCCCGUCGCACUGGCCCUUGGACGAGGUGGUUCUUACCACCACAUCUUCAUCGGAGCACGAGCAUAUCGGUGGCUUCUUCGUUGGUUUCCCAGCAGACUUUAUUCCUCCGAACUCGGAAGACGAUCGCAACAGUGUACGUCUGACAAAGGGUGACGCUGACGGAGGAGAAUGCCUGUAGCCUCUUCCCAAGUUUGUGGUUGUAGGCGCACCCCCUUCUAUGUGCCUCCUUGCCGUUCGCGUGCCAUCUUCUUCCUCAUCAUCCUCAGUAUCGUCAUCAGCAUUGAAAAUUUUAAGUUGUCACUCCCACCGAGAUCUUGCACCCAAAGUAGCUGGAUAAUGCUGGGACAAAAAUUGACCUAUAUAUAUCGUCCUGAAUCAAAUGAUUUCGCUUGCAGGGCAAAAGAAGCAGCUCGAGACUGCAGAACUAACAUGGGUUUCUUCUUGUAAUCUAGCAGCUUCUUCAUUGAUUUCGUGUUUCUUUUAGAUACAGUACUGCACCCUCGAGGAGGACUAUGGAGGAUUGGAGAACCAGCAAUGGUACUCAAGUCCGCUGUCUAGAUGUCCUUUGAAAGAGAAGUCAGGUUUAAUUUGUUCGGUAUGACUUUCAUACGCCCCAGGCGUUACUGGUUUUGCAAUUGUAUCGUUCUAUCGCAGAACAGUUCUCCUCUCUA